AUGUCGAUUCCUAUGACGCGGCUGGGCAAUCGCGCCUUUACCCACGAGGACAACGCAGAUGUAGAGCGCGAGUACGACCGCCUGCGCGAUCUGGCCCGUGCCGAGGCCAACAAGCGCAACGAUUGCUUCGAGCGUAGCCGCCGCGCAUACGAAGACGGCGACGGCGCCAGGGCAAAGGCCCUCUCCAACGAGGGCAAGGCGCACGACGCCAAGAUGCGCGAGUACAACCGCCAGGCGUCCGAAUACAUCUUCCGCGAGAACAACGCCCCCGGCCGCGUCGAGCCCGACAGCAUCGACCUGCACGGCCAGUUCGUCGAGGAGGCGGAGCGCAUCCUCGAGCAGCGCAUCCGCGCCGACCAGGCCCGCGGCCAGACGCACCUGCACGUCAUCGUCGGCCGGGGCAACCACUCGGCGAACCACGUCCAGAAGCUCAAGCCCAAGGUCGAGGAGCUGUGCCGCGAGCUGGGGCUGCAGUACGGCACCGAGGACAACGACGGCCGGAUCUACAUCAACCUGCAGGGCGGGGAGCCGGUUCCGCCGCCGAAGCCGUCGAAGCCGCCCCAUGGCGGGCAGCAGCAUCAUCGACCUCCCCAGCAUCGGCCUCCGCAGGAGGAGUAUCCCGAGGAGGAGGCGGAGGGUCUUAUCCCUCUGCUGCUGCGGAAGCUGGAGAAGGCUUGCUGUGCGGUCAUGUAG